GGGAGGCCAUGAAAAAUGCAAACGUUUUCAAAGCUGGUGCACCAGCGUGACAUUCUAGGGGCUGAUGGAGAGAUGUCGACCACUAGUCUGGUCUGGGCCAAAAGAGUUCAUUAUGGAGAGCAAUUGGAAGGAAACAUCAUGGUUAAGAUUGAAUACGUUAAGUCAAUGGACACAACUGCCGCCAGAGAAGACCAUAACGGGGGUUAAUUAAUGUUAAUCGAACUGAGAACGCAUACGUCGCACGAUGGAUUAUGGUUUUCGUCGCUCGGUCACGCGGUUGUGCUGAAAAGAAUCGUUGAUUGAAGAUGCAGCAGAAGGAAGAUUGAGCACUAUAGUUCCGUACUUGUGCUGACGCUCUUAAGAACCAACCUCACCAGCAACACACAAGAUGACGUGCCCAGUAGGUAUUUCUGAAACCAAGAAGCGACCAAGCAGCAAAUGAUUCAAUCAAUUCCGGUAACCAAUCCCCGCGAGAUGCGGCUUAAUUGGAGCGAAUCAUCGGUUCUUAUCACUGUCGCCAGUCUCGAAAAGCGUACGUCAUACACACAAUGGGCUAAUGUGUCACCAGCACCACGGGAAAGCUUGCCAGCAAACGGAUGGUCUACUCAUCUCGUGGCUGUAACCAACCACGUGGAACGGUCUGCCGUGAGGACUGUACUGCCGUGGCGGCCAGUGAUUCAUUGUGUAGCAUGCUCCGUACGGCCAGCUCCAAUUAGUAUCACGCGACCGACCAUUGCCCAACAUUUGAUACAAAGCAUGCAAACAUCGAGACAGAGGAGGGCGCAGUGUUGGAUAAUGCCAGGGAUUGUUUAAGAAGUUAAUCGUUGAGCUUAGCGCGUCCGCUCCAAAGCACCCGCUCAUUAUCACUUCACAGUGGCAGCGCGGCCAAUUGCCCAGACCAAUUUAGGUGUUGACCGGGAUUUCCGGGUCCCGGCAGACUGCAGUACCGUGACGCUUCCACGCUCUAUCUGUCGCGUCACGAACACGGCGGCCAUUACAUGGUUACUUGGGCACGGCACCGACGCCAGUGCGCCUUUCGCGCGGUGAAUCCGGAGCAUUACACCGGUGAUAGUAAGCGGGGGGUGCAAUUCUAUGGUCGAGAAACUCGGGGCUGUAUGAUGUCAUUCUAACGCUCGACCUCGUCUCGUCCCGUUCCCGAUAAGUUGUCGAGUCGAUCAGCAACAUGCUCCACUUUAAUUGGAAGAAAUUUCGGACAAGAUAACGCUGGUUGCUGGUGCCUCCCUUGGUGACAUCGUGACAUGCCCGAUGGACAUGCACGGUUUCUCGAUAUGAUUGUCUUUCAAAAACUUUCACCAACAGCCCUUGGGGGGGCCGCCUUGGAAUGCGGAGUUUGCGGAGACAAACCUUCCUUCCUUCCAACAAAGCAGUACAAAAAGCAUUUCGUCGUUCUGGGGGCUAACGAAUCUGUACGAUUCGAUAUGUCGACCGAGGUCGCACCCAGGUUGUUUGUACAGCUGCUGCUGCUGUUGCUGUUGCCGCUUGUGAGGAACAUUUGAGAGACAGAAAUACAGAGACAUUACUGUGAAAACACUUCGAUGGGUGUGUGUGAAGCGGGCGUACAGGGAAACAACAGAUGAACAACCUUCUUCCAGCCAGAGGCCACCCAGCUCAUUCCGGUGUUCGACGUUCAUCUCCCAAACGUCCAUACGGGCAGCCACGUUGGCAGCACCGACGAUACGCGUACGAUAAACGCUUUCGCGAGUGAAAAUUUUGGAAACAAUCGAUGAAAAAUCCAUGUUGAUUGCUUACCUCCGCCCCAAAGGAAAAGGUCAAUAUCUUCAUUUUCCAUUUCCCUUCCUUAUCGCGAUACAGCAACAAUAGUGUACGAAGCGAACGAACCCGUGUGUGUGUGUGUGCGCGAGUUGAUCCGGAAAAGUGAAGUGAAAGCUGCCCCGGGCACUCCGCGAACAUGGCAGCAUCCAGUGGAAAUUCGAUUGAGAUCGGACAUUCGGACCAGGAACUGGUCGGUUCGGGAAAGAGUAGCCUACGGCGGUAUAUGCUACUCGGCACCCUCGCCCUCAUCCUUACCGUUAUCGCCGUCGGUUUGGUGGUAAUGCUGACGGCUGCUAAUGAUGAAGGAAGCAGCUCACCGGAAACCUCACCCAUCGUGGCAACGGGAGAUCCCAUCACACUCGAGGAUAUUCUGAUGGGAAGACUGUCGGCCAAUGGGUUCACGGGUACGUGGACUUCGAACGGUAAGAUCAUUUACCGGGAUGAUCUCGGUUCGGUGAUGCUGUACGAUCCGGAACAGAACGAUGCGAAGACACUGCUCGGACCGGCGCACGAGCAGCUGUUGCAGGGUUUCAAGUUUGACUUCUCACCGGACGGGAACUAUCUGCUGGUGGCCCGCGGUUACAGUAAGAUCUUCCGCCAUAGUUUUCUGGCUAUUUACGACAUUGUUGAGCUGAGCACGAGACGCAUCAUCCCGGUGAAUGUUGGUGGCGCAAGGCGCCCUCUGAAUCUGGUCGAAUGGGGUCCAACCAACCACUCGUUCGUGUUUGUGUUCGAGAACAAUCUGUACUACCGCCAAUCACCGGAAGCGACCGAGAUCCAGAUAACGACCGAUGGCAGCCCGAGCGUGUACAAUGGUAUCCCGGACUGGGUGUACGAGGAGGAAGUGUUCUCAACCAACAUCGCCACGUGGUUCUCACCGGAUGGUCGCCAGAUUGCGUUUAUUCGCUUCAACGAUACCGAAACGCCGCUCAUGAAGAUCCCGAUUUAUGGACCACCGGGCAACCCGGACUAUCAGUAUCCGCACGAGCUGUCCCUGCACUACCCGAAGGUUGGUACGAAGAACCCGAUUGUCCAUCUGUUCCAGUACGAUCUGCGGGAGCGUAAGAUGCAGGAGGUGGAACCACCGCGUGAGCUGGUGAAUGCAAAUCACGAUCACAUCAUUACGAGUGUCGGUUGGUCCUCGUCCAGCGAGCGGCUCGUGACAAUCUGGAAGAACCGAGUGCAGAACCAUGCGAUCCUGCGAUCGUGCAAGCCAAUGAACGGUUCCGCUGCGCCGGCCGAUGACUGCGAGACGGUACACGAGAUCAAACUAACCGACGGUUGGUUGGAUCUGUUCAGUGCUCCCAUGUUUAACGCUGCCGGAACACAUUUCCUAGUGGUGGCCUCUCAGAGCCAGGGCACUGCCGGGGGUUUCAAGCACAUUACCAUGAUCUCAACCACGGAACCGAGCUCGGCGGUGGCCCUCACCAAGGGACAGUUUGUUGUGCAGGAUCUGCUCAAGUGGGAUGCGGAAACGAACAUGAUCUUCUACACGGCCAACACGGAGGAGGAAUCACACGUUCUGCACGUGUACGCCAUCGAGGGACGGGUAGGUGCGGCGGAUCCGCAGUGCCUGACCUGCGAUGUGAGCGUUGGCGAGAAGCAGAGCUUCUUCAAUGCACAGAUCAGUCCGAAGGUUGGCAACUACCUGGUCCUAGAGGCCCGAGGACCCAACAUUCCCUGGAGUCACGUGUUCCACUGGAGUGUAACAGAGGCUAAAAAGGUCGAACUGAAGCUAAUCAAAGCGUGGGAAUCCAAUACCUUCCUAGAGACAAUGCUCAAGAGGAAGGCCGUACCGAAGGUCGAGAUCCAUGAGCUCGAGCUGGAUAAUGGAUUUAAGGCGAAGGCGUUGCUGUUGAUACCACCGGGUAUCAACACGACCAGUUCGGCCCUGCAGUAUCCGAUGCUGGUCGAUGUGUACGGUGGACCAAACUCUGCCAACGUGGUCGGUACGUGGUCGAUCGGUUGGGGUACGCAUCUUGCCUCGAACCGAUCGGUCGUGUACGCCAAGAUCGAUGGCCGGGGCAGUGGUUUGAGAGGUGAUCGUUUGCUGUAUCAGAUCUACCGGAAGCUCGGUACGGUCGAGAUAGAGGAUCAGAUUGCCGGUGCCCGGAAGCUGGCCGAAAAGUUACCGUACAUCGACUCGAAGCGUGUAGCUAUCUGGGGUUGGAGCUAUGGUGGUUACGCUUCUGCCAUGGCACUAGCACAGGAUACGGAGCAUGUAUUCCAGUGUGCCGCAUCGGUUGCACCAGUUACCGAUUGGUCGUUCUAUGAUUCAAUCUAUACCGAACGUUACAUGGGACUGCCGAAGGAUGAUAAUCAACGGGGAUAUGAGCAAUCGCGACUGACGGCCCAAUAUGAUCGAUUCCGUAAUCGUAACUAUCUGCUCAUUCACGGUACCUUCGACGACAAUGUCCACUUCCAGCAAGCAAUGCAGCUCUCGCGUGCUCUCGAAACGCACGAUAUUAUGUUCAAGCAAGUGAGUUACCCCGAUGAGGAUCACAGCUUAGCUGGUGUUCGACCUCAUCUUUACCACACGCUCGGUCGCUUCUUCAGCGAAUGUCUGAAAUUGGAUUAAUGGACCUGCUGCUACGAUCUUACCGUUGCAUUCCGUAGCUUAGCUCUACGAUUUGAUCAUGAGAGAGCAGACGCUUCUUAAGAUCGUCACGAAUGUUAUCUACCUUUAUAAAAAAAACAACCUCCUGUUCUCCGUGUGCAAACUAUUCUCCUCAGAUAUUGCCGCUACUUAAGCAAACACACACACACACAAUUUAGUACCCACCCCGGGCAGCAGGGUGAUGUAUAUAGUAGUUGGUAGUAAAAGUUGUUUGAAAUGUCCACAGUCCGGCAAACCGGCCGUAUGGAUCGCAUUUCUUGGCAGCGAUUGGAGAAACCCCGCUAGCUAGCCAGGCUGUCGCUCUGCUCUGUGCAUUGUUGUUGGCUAGCAUUUUAAUCGUGUAUGUGUUUGUGUAAAUGUAUACUAUGUGUAAAUACCAUUAGGUCCAAUCAAGGGGACCCAAAAAUGUUAGGUAAAAGUAGGAUCAUGAGUGCGCGCGUAUCCUGGGGCAUGGAGAAGCGAUACCGAGAAAAAAAACCUGAGGCAAGUUUGAUUUUAAGGCGUCUUACUGCCACAAAAAGAUGGUACAACAAAUCGGAACAUGUUAUGGUAUAAAAAGAGGACGAAAAAAUGAAGAGAACAGAAACGAAACGAACUGAAUGUGUCCGAAACACUAGUCAAACACAGUGAAACGGCACACAACAGCACACAGCCAACCGCUCAGAAGGGAUCGUCGGUGAAAAUGUUCAAUGAUGAAGUGCUAGAAUGAAAAGUAGCUAAUAAAAUGUCUUAUUUUAUGAAAAAAGAAACGACU